AUGAGUCAUCAAAUAUUUAUUAAAUUACCUGUAACAAAAACUCAAAAAAAGGUUAUUUGCCCAUGUAACAUAUGCAAAAGUGAAAAAGAACCCUGUAAUCCCCAAACAAAAGAUGCUUAUAUUGCAAAAUAUAGAGUUUGUAAGGAAUUAUUAAGUACUUAUGAACCUUAUCCUAAUAUUUCUUCUCCAACUGAUUCUCAAAUAGGACCUAGCAGUAUAUCUUCAAUUAAUAUCUCUUUAUCUACUUUACUUGAUCCUGAAUUUCAAAAAUCAUUUCUUGUAACUAAAAACAAAAGAAAAAAAGCAAAAGCUAUAAUUAGAGAACAACCUGAUAUUGAUAUAGUUCUUAAGACUUUAAAUAUCUCUAAUAAUGAAGAAGAAGUUGCAGAAAUAGAGCCCGAUAGUGAUAAUGAGAAAACCAUAAUGGACUAUUCUGCUCCUAAUAUUGAAAAUGAAGAUAAAGAAGAAUUUGAACAUAUUGAUAAUCUUGACAAUAGCUUUGAUCAGAUAUUAAUCUGA